GACAAUAGCAUAGAGAAGGCUAUUGCACAACAGAGGUAAAAUGAUUACACCAUUCACUGAAACAAAUCGUUGUACAGUAUAUAACGUUAUAUAUAACGAUACACGGGAAGUCGGGAGUGAUACAGUGUAUAUUCGAAGCUAGGUAGCUGGUGGUAUCUCUAUCGUGACAAUCUUCAUGGCAGCUUGUACAGAUAAGAUUAAUACAGAAAUGGAGUGGGCUACGGAGAAAUACUGCGAACAAAAUAACGUACGCUGGCCUAUUGCUGGAAAGCAUAUUCUCGCUCAAUUCGACGAACAUAGCGUAGUCGUGUACCAGGCGUUUUGUCCAGCAAUUGCCGAGUAUGCUGUUGAGCACCAAAGGUUUGGUGGCGAGCAGUUUUCUUUUAAUCGAAUGUCGUGGAUCAAGACCAACUUUCUCUGGAUGAUGUAUCGGUGCGGCUGGGCUUCCAAGCCUAAGCAGGAAAGGGUACUCGCUGUUCGAAUCAAGCGGGAAGCUUUUGAUGAAAUUCUUUCCAAGGCGUAUACUCCUGGAGCACAGUCGGCAGCAGGACUUGGGAAGGGGGAUAUUGAAGUUAGACUGCAGUGGGAUCCGGAUCAUCAACCAAAUGGUGAUAAGACAGCUAGACGAGCGAUACAAAUUGGUCUCAAAGGAGAGACAUUGCGGAAGUACGGGACGGAAUGGAUCGUCAAUAUUCGUGACGUCACUGAUUUUGUCAAGGAACAGUCGAAGAACACGGAGCAGAAAAGAUUGAAUUUACUAGUCGUUGCACGAGAGCGUGUCUACCCGGUAUCCAACCCUACGACUGCUCAACUCAUUGGGCUAGGUGACAGCUGAAUCAUCGAAAUGAAGAAAACAAACUUGAUAGAGCAACGACGCCCUCCUUCGGUUUAUUUCAUGACAAUUCGUCUAAUUGCCAACUAGUCGACUGUCAUUUGGUCUACCAUCAGUUCGUCCACUCACCACAUGGUCUUUCAUUUAGUCUAAUGCCAUUUCGUCUGAUAACCAGUUGGUCCAAGAGCCAUUUAUUCCAUGUACCUUUUGGUCUAAUUGGACUGAGUGUUAAAUUGUGCAAAAUGAAUGAAAAUGAAAUGGCAGUAGACCAACUAGUUAAGAGACGGAAUGAUCAUAGACAAAAUGAUGAUUUGACGAAGUGAUGAUUGGACCAAAACAAAUUAUUAUUGGAUCAAAUGGUUUUAAGACGAAAUGUUGAUGGACGAAAUAGCAUUAGACUAAAUGAAAGAAGACUAUUUGGUGAGUAGACGAAUUGGCAUUUAUCCUUUGAGGCCACCGGAAGCACUUAAAGUACGUGUGCGUUGUUUUUCUUACGUGUAUGGUCCCACGUACAGUUAAUGGAGUCAUGGAGUACUUUUCCUGUUGCGUCAGAAUUCCACGAACUCUAUCCAGGUAUCGUUCUUCAUAUAUCGAUGCGCUGAACUAAUUCGGAUGGUCUUUCAAGAAAAUUAUUACUGGAGCUGAAACUAAGGACAGGAACUUCGUGACCAUAACCUUGCCAUUAUGCUGAUGCAUGAAAGAGUUUUAUACUGAUAUUAAUGCUAUGACGAUAAAGCUGGCUUUGCAUUUCGAAUUUCUAGAGCUUUCAAACAUGAUCGCAGAGAUGAAGUGCGUCGACUCAUUUUCAUUUGAAGUUCGAAAAUUAUACACUACAAAACAGA